CUCCACCCGAUCCGAACACAAACACCUACAGAGUAAAACCAGGACGGUCAGAGCGGAUCACCAGAGUCCAGCAGCAGGAUCUGAACCAGAGCUGACGUGAUGACGCGAUGACGCAGGGCCACGUCAGACGUAACAGAAAUCUGUAGUGUCGGUGAGAGGAUCCGGAGUCAGAAACAGAGAGAGGAGCAGAGGAGGAGGAGAGGAGGUCCAACAUGAGGUGUUUCAGGCCGGUCGUGUUCCCGCUCCUCGUGGCGUUGGUGGUCGACGCUCAGCUGCUGUCUCUGUCCGACAUGUACGGCAGCCUGCACUCGCCAAACUUCCCCGAGCCGUAUCCCAGGGAGACGGAGCUGCGCUGGAACGUCAGUGUUCCUGACGGGUUCCAGGUCAAACUCUACUUCAGCCACUUUGACCUGGAGCCGUCCUACCUGUGUGAGUACGACUACGUCAAGGUGGAGGCGGAGGGGGAGGUCCUGGCCUUGUUCUGUGGGAGGGAGGAGACGGACACGGAGGCGGUCCCGGCUCAGAGGGUCAUCACCUCCCCCCGCAGCUCCCUCAGCCUCCUGUUCUCCUCCGACUUCUCCAACGAGGAGAGAUACUCAGGCUUCGUGGCUCAUUACAGCGCCACAGAUGUGGAUGAGUGUAGUGAUCGUACUGAUGAGGAUCUGCUCUGUGAUCAUUUCUGUCACAACUACAUUGGAGGAUUCUACUGCUCCUGUCGCUAUGGUUACCUGCUGCACACUGACAACCGCACCUGCAGAGUGGAGUGCAGUGACGGUGUGUUCAGGGAACGCUCUGGAGUUCUUAGCAGUGUGGAUUUUCCCGCUCCGUAUCCAAAGAGCUCUGAGUGUCUGUACCGGAUCGAGGUGGAGCUGGGCUUCAGGCUCCGCCUCCAGUUUGACCCCAGCUUUGACGUGGAGGAUCACCCCGACGUCAGCUGCCCCUACGACUACGUCAAGAUCACAGCUGGCAGCAGUGAGUUCGGUCCGUUCUGUGGAGUCCGAUCUCCAGGAGUCAUUCAGACCGACAGCAACGUCGUCACCGUCGUCUUCCACAGCGACAACUCAGGAGAAAACCUGGGCUGGAGGAUCAGCUACACCGCUACAGGAAGUCGGUGUCCAGUACCUGAGAUCCCACCUAAUGCGCUGAUAAACCCUGUACAAUCAGAAUACUCCUUCAAAGACCACAUCCUGUUCACCUGUGAGCCUGGAUACAGACUGUUGAAGGACGGAGAGUUUCUGGAUCAUUAUCAGGUGGACUGUCGGUCUGAUGGAUCGUGGAGCAGCCAUCCUCCUCUGUGUCAAAUGGUGGAUUGUGGGAGUCCAAAGCUGGUCGACAUGGCCGACAUGGUGUUUGGUAACCAUGACAACAGCACACUGUUUGGAUCGACUGUGAACUACAUCUGCAGAGAGGACACCUUUCACCUGAACACCACCAACAGUUCGUACAGCUGUGGACCGGAUGGAGAAUGGACAAAUCCAGAAACAGGAUCCAAACUGCCGAGCUGUCUGCCAGCCUGUGGUCGUCCGUCCCGCUCUCUCCCCCCCCAGGUGAAGCGGAUUGUGGGUGGUCGGAGUGCUGAGCCCGGCCUCUUCCCUUGGCAUGUUCUGCUCAGUGUGGAGGAUCUGUCCCGGGUCCCAGAGGACCGCUGGUUUGGCUCUGGGGCCCUGCUGUCCGAGUCCUGGGUCCUGACGGCGGCCCACGUCCUGAGGUCCCAGAGGAGGGACACCAGUGUCGUCCCCGUGGCCCCUGAACACGUCAAGCUCUUUGUCUUCCAGGUCUUCCUUGGUCUCCAUGAUGUCCGAGACAAACGCCUUGCCACCAACCGCUCGGUGGAGGAGAUCUUCCUCCAUCCAGACUUCCAGCCCAACAACUACAACAACGACAUCGCCCUGCUGAAGCUGAGUGAGCGGGUGGGGUUCAAUGAAGUCAUCCGUCCGGUCUGUCUCCCCCCUCCUCACAAGGAAGACCCCUCCACUCCUGUCCCUAACUCUCUGGGUGUAGUUGCCGGCUGGGGGAUCUCAAACCUUAACGCCUCCACCUCCACCUCCUCCUCCUCCUCCUCCAGUGACCCCCCCUCACUGACCUCUGACCCCACAGUGUCUGCUGACCUCGGGGUGACCUCUGACCUCCUGCAGUAUGUGAAGCUGCCGGUGGUUUCUCAGGACGAGUGUCAGGCGAGCUAUACCUCGCGCUCUGUCAGCUACAACAUCACUGACAACAUGUUCUGCGCCGGUUUCUUCGAGGGGGGGAGGGACACCUGCCUGGGGGACAGCGGGGGGGCAUUUGUGAUGGAGGUUGAGGUCAGCCGGAGGUGGGUGGUGUUUGGGUUAGUGUCCUGGGGUGGGCCGGAGGAGUGUGGGAGUCAGAGGGUGUAUGGAGUCUACACCCGAGUGGCUAACUAUGUGGAGUGGAUCCAGAACCACCUGCAGACUGCCCCCUGGUGGUGAGACAGAUAUCACAGCUCCUCUGGUCAUCAGUCCAACUGCAAACACUCUCUCCGAGGGGUGAAUGGAACUACUGCCCCCUGGAGGUCGUCUGUUGUUUUGUCAUUUUCAUAUUCUCGUCUUUCUAUGACCUUUUAGUUUUUUAAAGUUGACUGUAGCUGCACUGCAGGAUUUAACUGUGUUAGCUGCCUUCAGACUGAACGUGAAGCUGCCUUCAGACUGCUUUAACUACAUAUAUCCCUAAACUGAAGGAACAGAACAGAUUUCUAAACUGAGAAAUCUUUGGUACAAG